UCAGAACCAAAUCCACAGCUGAAUCAAACGCACACCACACAGUCUACAGCGGAUCUGCUUGCAGAGCUACAUCUUUCAGCGCCUACUGAUCACGACGACAGACAUGGCUUCAUCGCCUCGAGCUUUCGCGUUGGUGUUUUUCGCAAUCGCGGCCGUCGGCUGCACUCAGCUGACCACGGCCGACGACGCGGCUCCGCCCGUGUGGCAGAAGGCGCACGCGACGUUCUACGGCGGCGCCGACGCGUCGGGCACCAUGGGAGGCGGGUGCGGGUAUGGCGACCUGUACUCGCAGGGGUACGGCACGCGGAACGCGGCGCUGAGCACGGCGCUGUUCAACGACGGCGCGUCGUGCGGGCAGUGCUACAAGAUCGCCUGCGACCGGAAGAGGGCGCCGCAGUGGUGCAAGCCCGGCGUCACGGUCACCAUCACCGCCACCAACUUCUGCCCGCCCAACUGGGACCUGCCCAGCGACAAUGGUGGCUGGUGCAACCCGCCGCGGCCGCACUUCGACAUGGCGCAGCCGGCGUGGGAGAAGAUUGGCAUCUACAGCGCGGGCAUCAUCCCGGUUAUCUACCAAAGGGUUCCAUGCAUAAAGAAGGGUGGGGUGCGGUUUACCAUUAACGGGCACGACUACUUCAAUCUUGUGCUCGUGACAAACGUUGCAACCACUGGUUCGAUCAAGUCAAUGGACAUCAUGGGAUCCAACUCAACCGACUGGAUGCCAAUGGUGAGAAACUGGGGUGCAAACUGGCACUCACUAUCGUAUCUCACAGGGCAGACGCUCUCCUUCAGGGUGACUAACAUGGAUGGCCAGACGCUUGUCUUCAAGAACAUUGUGCCAUCUGGAUGGAAAUUUGGGCAAACAUUUACAAGCAAGCUGCAAUUCAAGUAACCAAUUCCCAAAAAUUCAAGAUUGGGUUUCUAUGGCCUGUGACUGAUUUGUCAUGGAUAUUUGCGUUGUGUAUAUAUACACUGUAAAGAGUGUUGGAUUGUGCUUCGGUGCUCGAUUGUUCACGGUUGCACAACUGAUUUCCAUUGUUUAUAUAUAUCUGAUUUAUUGAUGUAUAUACUUAUGUUCAUAUCCAUAUGUAGGGGUGGGUACUUGCACAUGUAUAUCAAGAGAUGUUCAUCCUCUUCAUUGAAUCAAAAUAUCUUCAAAUCAAUUUGUACUA